AUGGAAUGGUUUGGUGAACGACCUCUUUGUAAUGAGAUUAAACAGAUUGCUGAAGGUUCUUAUCAGAAACCAGGUGGAUAUGACGAUGGAAUUCGAGGCAAAGGAUAUAUAGUUAAUGCUCUUGAAGCAGCUUUAUGGGCAUUUUGGUCUGAUGGAAACUCAUUUGAACGAGGUGCUCUUGCUGCUGUGAAUCUUGGUGAUGAUACUGACACAACUGCUGCCAUAUAUGGACAAUUAGCUGGUGCUUACUAUGGUUACAAAAAACUGCCUCGAUCUUGGGUUAAACAAGUUUAUGCUAGGAAAUUUAUAUUAAACUUGAGCAGUUGGAUUGCUUAUGAAGGAGAGAUGUGGCGACCAUCAGACACUUCAUCUUCAAAUAUGUCAUCUUGGCCAUAUGCACUUUAUUCCGAUGCAACGAGUACUAAAAUAGCUAAACAUGACCUGACCUUAAAUCUAACUCAUCCGCGAAGGGAUGCUGCUACUACUAUCACUCAAUCAACCGAAUAUAAUGAAACAGCAAGCGCAGAAAAAUACGAAAAUCCAACAAAACUUCGUAAAACUCAAUCAGCGCAUUUUACGAAACCUUCAAGCUCUCCAAUAAUUUCGCCGAAGAAAAAAGAAACACCUAAACACUAUAAUAUGGCCGUGCAUUUUACUUCUGAACCUGAGUUUGAGGAAGUUAUUAUCGGAGAACCUCUCGAUCGACCAAGAUUGAAUGCAUAUCCUUUAAUAACUGAGGAAUUAGUUCACCCAGAUAAUACGAUCCACUAUUCUGGAAAAACACCAUCUGACAAUAACCAGCAUAACUUGCCACUACGCUACACUCAACCAAUUACUAAUAAAGAUGAAUACGAUUCACUAGUGCGAACGACUUUGAAUCAAAGAAUAUCUAACCAUGAUAAUAAAAAUUCGAAAUUGCUUGUCGAACGGCGUCCUUCAGACAAACAUGUCGAAUCAUCUGGAAAGACUUCAUUUUCAAGCCGAGCCGGACCACGACAUCCAGCACCAACAAAACAUUCCAAAGUGAACAAACAUGAUGACCUUAUAGAAUCAGAACCAAACUACACUUCGCAAGAUAUGCUUUCUUUUUCACAACCUCCUCUAAGGACCUUGAAAGGUUCAUCGCCGAAAUCGAGUACAUCUCAAUCGGGUAUACCCAAAACUCAUGCUAGAGAACAGCCUCUUGAUCGGCCAAUGCCCGGUGAUUCUCGUUUUCAAGUUACCAUUGAUAAACAAACUAACGACAACUUUUUACCGCAAAAAUCAAAAGGUUCUGUAGAUUUUGCGUAA